AUGGCAAAUUUAACAAAAGUAACAUUUGCAGAUUAUCCAUUAACAAUAGAUUCAUCAGCGUUCGUUAAUUGUAACAAUUUAUCAAUUGAAUUUCCAAAAACAUCAUUUGUCGAUGUUAGUGUUAAUUCUUUCAAAGGCUGUACAAUAGAAAGUCUGUCGAUCGGAAAUAAUACAAAUCUUGAUAUCGAAUCAUUCAUUAAGAGUAUGGGUAGCUCUCUCAAAGCAAUUGAUAUUAAGAAUUCUGAUCAUUUCAUCUCAGAUUUGUCCGAAAUAACUAAUUCUCUUAGAAAUAUCACUCUGAUUUCAUCUGAAAUUUCUUUUGAACAAAUCGCAAAUAAAGCAGAAAUGAAGAAUCUUCAAAUUCUUAAAAUUCUGAUGAAUCUCAAUUCAACCAUCUCAUCAUUCACAUUCAAUAAUUGGAAGAUUGAAACAUUAGAUUUGAGUGAAACUGUUGUUGAAACGAUCAGUCCAGAAGCUUUUUAUAAUUGCAAAAAUUUGAAAGAAUUGAAAUUACCAAAUACACUUAAAACAAUUAGUGAAAAUUCGUUUGUUGGUAUUGCAAUUGAGUCAUUUAAUGUAUCAAAUAAUUAUAGUUUAUCUAUCUCUAGUUUCAAAGAUUGCAAAUCAUUAUCUAAAAUUUAUUUAGAUUCUAACUUCGAAAACUUUUCAAUUGGAUACUUCAUUGGAUGUAACAUUCAAAAUGUCAUCUUAAAUUCAGGAUCAUUAGAUAACUAUUUCUUCAGAAAUAGCAAACUUUAUAUGAAUCUAACACAGAGGUCGGUUUCAACUAAGAGAUCAAUCAAAGAAAUCAAUAAAAAUGAAGAACUUUUGUUUGUUCCUCCGAAUGACAAAAACAUAAUUCUCAAUUCAUCUUAUGACAAAUACGCUUUCUCAUAUGUCAAUGAUUACAGCAUGCUUGUUGAUCCAUCAACAUUCAACUUCGAUGAAUUCAUUAAGACAUGUGACAAUAAUCAAAAAGGAACUAUCCUCACUACAUCCGAAGUUAAAAAUUACAACACAAGCUAUUUCGACUGCACAGGAACUGAAUGCAAAUUUGAUUGCAGUGGAAAACUAACUCCUAAGAGAAUUCCUCCUAUUAUUUUACCAAUUUCAUCUUCUUCAUCUAGUUCAUCAUCUGUUUCAAAUAAUAAUCAAGAGUCAAGUUCUGUUGUCACAACAGUCUUUGAAGAUGGAAAAGUUAUGCAACAAUCUAAAUCAUCAACAUCAACGAAGACAGAAUCAGCCAUAUACACUAACAGUACGAUUGCAUCAGUUAUCAUUUCUCAAGACGAGAGUGGUGUUGCAUCUAUGUCAACAACAUAUGUUAACACUAUUAUUUACACAUACAUCAUCACCGACACCAACACUGAGACUAUUGUUUGGGUUGCAUUUAGUGAUGACAAUUCAACAACUAAAUCUGCAGUCAGCAUUGGCAAAAUCAUUGGCUUAGUUUGCGGUGCUAUUGCUAUUGUUUUUAUCUUAGCAUUUAUGGGUGUUUAUUUGUAUCGACGUACUAAAGAUGAUCCAGAUAAAGCAGACAAAGAAAGUAGUGACAGUUGGCUCAACGAAGACAUUGGUCAUGUUGUUUCUCUUCCAGAAGAAAAUGAAAAUCAAUUCCUUGAAGUAGUAAUGAGCCACAAGGAUUCCAGCGAAGGAACCAUUACGACGGCCGAAUUAAAUGGCAUUGUUGUUGAUAACCAAUCGAACUCAAAUGAUUCAGAUAUUGUAUAUACAGAAAUUUGA